GUUUGACAAGUGUGACGGCGUCAAACUCGCAAAGGGCAACGCCGGGGCGAGACGUUUUGUCAAGAGUUCCCCCCCGUCCGUCCCUCCCACCCAGCGAGGAGCGCCAUGGACCGGAGGAUCAACUUAAGCUCCGACAUCUUCCACAAAACUCUUAGCGCCGUCUCCGCCAAGAAAAUGCAGGACCCUUACCGGGGCGAGCCGCAGUCGUCGGCCGGCACGGGCUGCUUCGACCGGGGCGACGCCGACCCCAUGCAGCCGGGGGGUCUGGCCGGCGUGCGGGCGUCCGCUCUGGGCUUGCCCACCGGCUCUCUGUGCGUCAAGUACGGCGAAAACUCUGCGACUGUAGCGGAAAGCAGCGGCGGCGAGCAGAGCCCCGACGACGACAGCGACGGACGCUCGUGCAGCGGUGAUAUGUUGCUUCUUGCCGAACGCAAAGGCAAAGCGGAGGGGGGCAAGAAAAGCAAAGAACAGAAGCUUUUGCGUCUCAACAUCAACGCGCGGGAGCGGAGACGCAUGCACGACCUGAACGACGCGCUGGACGAACUCCGAGGCGUCAUCCCAUACGCGCACAGCCCGUCCGUUAGGAAACUCUCCAAAAUCGCUACUCUACUCCUGGCUAAGAACUACAUCCUCAUGCAGGCGCAAGCGCUGGAGGAGAUGCGCCGGCUGGUGGCCUACCUCAACCAGGGCCAGGCCAUCUCCGCAGCGGCCAUUCCGGGCACCACCGCGCUGGCCGCGCCGCCGCCCGGCUUGGGCGCCUACGAGCCCCCGCCGCCUCCGCCCGGCUACCCGGCCUUCCCUUCCACCGCCGCCGGGGUGGCCGCGUCGUCGUGCCCGGACAAGUGCGCCCUGUUCAACUCCGCCGCCUCCAGCCUGUGCAAACAGUGCACCGACAAGCCUUAGCCCCUCAAAGGUUAGAGACUCCAUACCAACACUUUUCUAAUAUUUCCAUACUUGAUCGUGUACAUAAAGUCGUCCUUUAAGUGCUGGUGUGAAUGACUACAUUGGACUUCUCGGUGGAGAUUUGGGCUUUUUUCGGGGGGCGGACCUGACAACUUUUUACCCCACUUUUGAGGGCCGAAAAAAAAAUCGAACCUCUCUGCUGCUUUUCCCCUUUGAUUUUUAAAAAUUCUCUGUGGAAUGUUACAAUUCAAUCUGAUAUUUGUUUUGUAUUAUUUUGUUGCAGGGUUACAUCCAAGCCCAUUUUAGGAACUCUUUUGAUUCAUAUUUAUUGUCCAUUGCACAUGUUGGUCUCUCUCUUUUUCUCUUUUUUUUUUAUUUUUAAAUUUCAUAUAUUUUAAUAGAUCAGAUGGUUGUCAGGUCGAACUGUGUAGAUAUACUUAAGUUAUUCUAUGAACAGAAGGCCCGUUUGUAUGUAUUGGAGUGUUGAAAAAAAGCUUUAUUAAAAUAUUUUGAACAGACAGCCUUAAAUGUUCAUUCUUUGCUUUUAAAUGACAAAUUUAGAAUUUCAUUUUCAUGCUGAUUGUCAUACAUUUGGCCCUAGAAAUGACAUUUCUAAUACUUUGUUGUGUGUACAAAAAUGUCAAUCCAUUUUUUAAAUUUAAUGUUAUUAAGUUUUUAGAAAAUCAUAGCUUUUAUAACUCCAAUUUUUACACUUGAAUGCCUAAAACAAAUUAUAUACGCUUUCGUUUGAAUUAAAAAACAAAACAAAACAAACAAAAAAAAAACGUUUCAGCACCAUGGACAGAGACACCCUCUUAUUUCAAUUGAUUUAAAAAUGGAUGGAAUAUGGAAUAAUAUGUGCAAAGAACAAAAACGAACAGGCCGUCUGUUUGCCUUUGUGUGUAUGAUGAGCAACAUUGGACAACAUGGCCUGCCACCGUGUCCCACUUAAUCCCAUCAAGUUCCCGAACGACCCCUCCUGCUCCUGAAGGCUUUGCAAAAACAAUACUUUUUUUUUUUUAGCACCCCUUCAAAAUAACACAUUUUACUUACAUGUAAAAAUUUGCAUUUUAAAUGAGAAAUGUGUUUAACCCAUACUAAUACUCAUGUUAGAAAAGAUUCCCUGCAUGGUGGAGAUGAAGCCAUAUGAUGACGUUUAAGUGUCUACAUAGUAUGUAAGCGUGCUGGUUGAUUACCGCUAUCACAGAUCACGAAAGGCGCUUUAAAAGAAUGAAUCUGUAGUGUUCUUUUAGAGAAGACUGUGAGUCAAUGCAACAAAAAUGAUUUAUUUACAGCACAUAAUUAAAAAUUGAAGCUUAAAUUAUUGUUACAUUUAAAAAAGUUCACUGAAACUGGAAUUUUCCAUAUGUAAAGCCAGUCCAGUUCCACACGCAAACAAAAGUGCCUGAAACCAAGCUCUAUCGCCUUCAUUUUAUGAAUAAAAAGGUGUAACGUUCCAAAAAGUCAUAACAUGACAAGUCAUUUCUCUGCAAUAAAUAAAAAAAAGUCACAAAAAAAGAUUCAAGGUCCAAAACAUUACAUAAAUUCUACAUACAUUCAAUUUGAUUCAGCGUUUAGUUAGCACUUAGCAUUAUUGGUGGUUUCAAAACCGGAGUGCUGUGUGAAAUUGUCCAAUAUCACUUAAUAUGUAUGAAAAAUACUUUUUAUGACCCAAAAAUUGCAAUAUACUGCAACAUGGUGGCAAGCAAAAACAAAAUGCUGUUUAAUUAGACGGCAGGAGGUUCAUUUAAUCCGUGUGUCCAUCCACCUGUUGCCGUGAGAUACGAGUGACCCGACUUGAGAGUUUCUCGCGAUACGAACUAUCAUCCAGACUUGAGAUAUCAGCACCGCAGGCGGCGACCAACUCAACUCAACGAGCAGCAAUUUGCCAGAUAUUGAACAAGAGGUGUAAAUCUAUCCUGAUAAAAGACCUCAAACUGCAAAAGUGUCCAAAACCGAGCCAUUUUAUUAUUCCGACCAUAAAAAGUCCAAUUUACUAUAUCCAAGUGGUACACGCAAAAAAGAUGAUAAAGUCCAAAUCUACAUGCGAGCAUGGAAUUGAGACGUCCUAUCACUGAUGAGGGACGUCCUCGCCCUAAAUAGAUAUAUGUUCUAAAGAUAUACGUGUCAAAUCAGUAGCGAUAGGUGCUAAGUCAGCAUUUGACAAGAAGGUGAUAGUCGAGCAUUGUGGGGCCUCAUAAAAAGUCAAGAACGAGGAAGAGAACGUUUGUGGCAUUCAAUUCAUGUCUGGGAUUUAUCAUGUUUUCAUAUUUGGAGGAUGACAUUAUGGCACGCUGUCAUGUGUUCUAUCAGGUGACAGGUUUCUCUCCUGGGGACGAAGAGGAAGAAAACAAACACACAUUCUAAACCUUUGCUUCAUUUUCAAAAACUAAAACCUUUUCCACUUAGCACUUUUCUCUUGUAAUCGUGACUAUGCGCUCUUUUGCAACCACACCUCAUGAUGAACAAAUAUUUCUAAUUUAUUUAUCCUAUAUUAAUUUUUUUUUAUUCCUACGAACACCUAACAUUUUACCGGUAGUGUGUAAACUUUUACAUCAAUUUUGUCAUCUAACAUCCUAUUUUUGUGAUGUUUGCAAGAGCACGUCGCUUUAAUUAGCAACAUCCCAUUAAGUUCCCGCUGCUCACUUUAUUGUUUACACCAUUUAUGCCCUCGUUCAAGCCAAUUGUUCUACCGACUCGUUUCUAACAUGCUUUUCAUAAUGAGCUCCUAAUUCAUUAAUGUGGGAAUAAGUGAGGUCAGGUAAACAUAUGGUGUUUAUCUCAUAGGGGGGGUACGAUAACGCGUGAUUAUCCGCUCCGUCGCAAAUGCGAUUGUUGGGUAACAUCUCGGAAUAUUCAAUCUGCAGCCAUAUUCAUCCGAUUAAAAUUCCCCCCUCCAAUCUGCUAAUCCUUGUUUACUCUUUGUGUCGUAAUCGGAUGUGCUUUUAUUCCGGAUGGGAUUAAAACGUGUCGGAGAGACAAACAAAAACACAGCCAAUGGUGAUGUGCUCUCUAAAAUUAAAAAAAAAA